AUGGCGUCCGCCGCAAAAUCCCUAAUUCAGACCCUCCGUCGCUACAUCAAGAAGCCAUGGGAGUUCACGGGCCCCGCCGCCCAUCCCGAGUACCUCUCCGCCGUCCCCAAGGCGACGGAGUACCGGGUCUUCUGCCCCGCCACCGCCUCCGCCAAAGCCAUCGUGCCGACGUCGCUGCCGGAGACGGUCUACGACAUCAAGUAUUUCGCCCGCGAUCAGCGCCGCAACCGCCCCCCGAUCAAGCGCACCGUCUUCAAGAAGGCCGACGUGGAGAAGAUGAUGAAGGAGAAGACCUUCGAUCUGGGCGACUUCCCCAGGCCGUACUUGACUGCGAAGGUUGUCGAGGAUGAUAACGCCAUUGGCGGUGGAUAUCAGAAAUAA